CUAUCAGAUGAUAGUUUACAAAAUAUUUUGUUAUGGUGACUUAUUUAAUACAUAUACCGUCCACUGUUCCAGGGUUCAUUCGAGUGCGUCAGGAGCGGAGGUGCGCGGCGUCUGGAGUCGUGCGGCCCUCUGCCGCGUAGGAUGCGCGUGCAAGCCAACGACGACUCGUACGAGGCCACUAAGGACCGGAUGGCGAAAACCGUCGCCGCUGAACAGAGUAAAUGCACGCGCGUGAUCAAACCUAACCAGACGGACAUUGGACGCCGGGUGAAAGUGCGGCAUCCUUACAACAGCAGCGUCGCGGCCCAGCUGGCCGAGCGCGCUGAACGCAUGGAGCGCACCGAACGACCCGAACGGUUGGAGCGACCCGAGCGACCUGACCGACCCGAACGGCCGGAGCGGCCCGAGCGCCCAGAGCGGACGGAGAGACCUGAGCGCGCUGAGCGACCCGAGCGGCCGGAGCGCGCCGAACGGCCCGAGCGCCCUGAGAGACCCGAACGCCCUGAGCGACCAGAGCGACCGGAGCGGCCCGAGCGGCAAGAGCGACCGGAAAGACCGGAGCGGCCUGAGCGUUCCGAGAGACCGGAGCGUAGAAGGCCUGCGGCGGUGCCCGCAGCCCCCCGGCCGCAGCCCGCGCCUGCGCCCGCGCCGCACCAGCCGCCGCACCAGCCGCAACACCAGCGCGCACCAACCAACCCGGAUCUCACUAAGAGAUCCUUGAAAGAAAGACUUAUACAAUUAUUAGCGUUGAAACCCUUCAAGAAGCCCGAAUUGUACGCGAGACUUCAUAGCGGUGAAGGGAUCAAAGAGAAAGAGCGCAUUGCUGUGAACAAGAUUCUGCCGCACAUUAGUUCGCUCAAGGACAACUGUUACCACUUACGUAGGCACAUAUGGAACGACGUCAAUGAAGAUUGGCCGUUCUAUACAGAGGAGGAGAAACGUAUGCUCAAGAGGCGGAAACCUCAAAAUCUAACACCACCGCUCAGUAGCGACUCCGCGCACUCGCUGUCGCCGCGAGCCUCGCCCGCCAACAAAAGCGCGCGCCCAGCGCCGCCGGGCGUGGGGGGCGCCGCGCCCGCCGACGACGCGCCCGCCGCCAAGAAGCAGCGCAUCUCGCACUACCGCCGCCCCUCGCCGCCCUCCUCCGGCUACGCCACCACCUCCUCCGGCGAGCGGCACGCCUCCGACAACGAGGAUGAUCGCACCACCGGUAUGUUGAAAAAGGACAACGGCUACACGCUAAACUUUACGACUGUUAAGAAUCUGUGCCCCAGUCCUGUGAAAGCGAACGGUUUUACAAGUAGUCCCCCAGUAGAGCAAACUAAUAUCACAGAAAGAGACAUCACAAACACGGAACCUUCAGAACCUACAGAAUUAACCUCUGUGCCUGAUGAAAACACGACUGAUAUGGAAGAGAUUGAAAGACAGUACCCCGCGAUCACGAGCUCGAACAUGAGGCGGGCGUACAAGAACGAGUUCGCGGAGCUGUACACGGAGUACCGCGGACUGUACGCGCGCGUGGCGCAGGUGGCGGCGCUCUUCACGCGCCUCGAGACCGAGCUCAACCGCGCGCAGCCGCUCUCGCCGCACCACCAGGU